CUUAGUGGAAAAUCCCUAACCGCUAAAAUUCGUUAGAUUCAAACCCUGACGUACUCUUCAGAAACCAAAUUCAGCUAGCAAAAACCCUGAUUAACUAAAUACGUCGUUUACUAUCAUCUUCUUUUCAAACUCAAAUGUCGUCCAAGCGUAACAAUUACAAAGAGAAAUUAGCUCGUCGCAAAGAGGAAAAGGCGGAGGAGCCAGAACAACCAAAGUAUAGAGACAGAGCGAAAGAGCGGAGAGAGGAUCAGAACCCUGAUUAUGAACCAACAACAGAAUUGGGACAUUUUCAUGCUGUAGCUCCUCCAGGCACGGUUGAAUUGCGGUCGGCUGAUGCGCAUAAGCUAUCUAUUGAGAAGAGCAAGUAUCUUGGAGGUGAUGUUGAACACACACAUCUUGUUAAAGGGUUGGAUUAUGCUUUGCUUCACAAAGUGCGAAGUGAAAUAGACAAGAAGCCAGAUGUUGAUGACGAUGCUAAUGAAAAAGCUAGAGCAUCCAAAGAAGAUCAAACACUGUCAUUUCGCACUGCAACUGCAAAGUCUGUUUACCAAUGGAUGGUCAAGCCCCAAACUACCAUCAAGACCAAUGAAAUGUUCCUUCCUGGAAGGAUGUCCUUUAUUUUUAACAUGGAAAAUGGGUAUUCUAAUGAUAUUCCGACAACUCUUCACAGGAGUAAAGCUGACUGUCCAGUCCCAGAGGAAAUGGUUACUGUCGGUGUGGAUGGUUCUGUUUUAGAUCGGAUUGCCAAGAUUAUGUCGUACCUUCGCCUUGGAUCAUCUGGAAAAGUGCUCAAGAAGAAGAAGAAAGAAAAGGAUGCAAAAGGGAAGCUAUCACGUAUUUCAAAUGGAUAUGAUGGAGAUCAGAAGAUGUUGAGGUCUGAUGCAUUGAAGAAUCAAAAUGACAAAGAAACACCACUGCCACCACCUCCACCGCUUCCGAAAAGGAUUCCUGAUUCAAGGGAGAAUCAGGGCCCAACUAUUGUUAGACCUGAAGAGGAUGAUAUAUUUAUUGGUGAUGGUAUUGAUUAUUCAAUUCCCAGUAAGGAUAUGAGCCAAAGCCCUGUCUCAGAGGAUAUGGAAGAAUCUCCUCGGAACAAAGAAAGGGCAUCUUAUUUCGACGAACCUGUUUAUGGCCCUGUACCACCCUCUGAUCCCUCUCAUGGUUGGCAACAAGUGAGUGGAUAUGAUGCUUUGCAAGCACAAGCAUUGGUUGGUGGCUAUCAGACAGAGUGGCAAGAGUAUCAAUAUGCAGAACAACUCGCUUAUCCUGACCAAUAUCUCCAGCAAAACCUUCAGGCUUACGAUGUGCAAGCAGGUCUAAAUGUGCUUCAGGACCCUAGAUUCAUGACUCAAGAAGAAAAAGAUAGGGGCUUGGGUUCGGUGUUCAAGAGGGAUGAUCAGAGGCUUCUGCAGCUAAGGGAGAAAGAUGCACGGGAGAAGGACCCCAAUUUUAUAUCUGAGAGUUAUUCCGAGUGCUAUCCUGGAUACCAAGAAUAUAAUCGCGAGAUAGUCGAUAGUGAUGAUGAUGACGAUCUAUCAAAAAUGGAUAUGGGUGGAAGGGCAAAGGGGCGACUUCAUCGUUGGGACUUUGAAACUGAAGAAGAGUGGGCUACAUACAAUGAGCAAAAGGAAGCAAUGCCAAAAGCUGCUUUCCAGUUUGGUGUGAAGAUGCAAGACGGUAGGAAGACACGAAAGCAGAACAAAGAUCAGAAACUUACAAACGACCUCCAUAAGAUAAACCAAAUACUGACCAAAAAGAAGAUGGAGAAGGAGGCAAACAACGAUGGAGCAAGCUAUGAUGAUGAACCGCGCUCUGGAAAGAAGCUCCGAAUAUGAAGCAAAGAAAUAUCUUUUAUUUCUUACUCAAUGGCAUAGAAUAGUAUACUCUGUAUUAUCAAGUUGGAUCUGCCUGAUUCAAUCGUAUAUGAAUAGUUAGCCAUCAAUGCAUCCUGGAAAUAAUCCGUCCUCUUUCUUCUUCCCUUCUGUGGCGCUUUUGUUCCAUCAGCGCAGCAUUCGACAUUCUCCGCAAUUUGUAUUAGUUCAAGGUCACUGGCUGAUUACAAGUGUUCCGUCUAACUACGCAUAUUUCAAACCGAAAGGUCGAAUUUAAAAGCAGGGUCGCUUAUGAGGGGGUUUUAGUUUUGAGUCUUUUGAAAUGUGAUGGUUGUAUUUAUUGCUCGUUCUCA